GUUACCUACCGCCCGUCAAUCAAAAUAGAAGAAAACAAAUUCUGACAGUUAUCACCUAUUUCUACGCGUAAACAAUCAAUUGUAUUUGCUGAUAAUGUCCGGUGGCUUGUGACUAUCAGGACUCUCCGUUUCACGACAAGUCACGUGAUGACUGCCCCAGAACAGCCGAUAAAAUCAGAAGAUAUGGCUGCCUUGGACGUGGACAGCAGUCAAAGCGACUUUCUGCAGCAGGAGGAGCAAAGCAGGGGCAGCCAGACAUCAUAUCCAUCUACUCAGCUUACUGGAACUGAAAAAUGGGAGAUUUUAACCUCAACAACAGCAGCAAAAGAUGAAUCUGGAUUUGUACAAAUCCAAAAUCAAGGAAUAUUAACAUCGAACGGACAGUAUAUUCUUCCUCUCCAGAACUUACAGAGUCAGCCGAUCUUUGUGACGUCGGGAACGGACGCCUCCUCUGCCAAUUCAGUGCCUAACAUUCAGUACCAAGUGAUUCCUCAGCUUCAAACAGCGGAUGGACAGCUGAGCUUCUCCACUUCCGGCAUGGAAGGAGCGUCUCAGAACUCCACAGGGCCGAUUCAGAUCUUUUCUGACGGUAGCCAGAGUCUCAGUAUAACACCAACUGCAAACAUCCUUAAUAACAACCAGAACCUCGUAUCACAGACUGGUAAUGUCCAGCAGCUCCAGGGGGUUUCUCUUGGCAACGCCACCUUCAACAACCAGGGUCAGGUUGUUACUAAUGUGCCUCUGGGUUUUCCUGGAAACAUUACUUUUGUUCCUAUCAACAGUGUGGACUUGGACUCCCUUGGCCUCUCUGGUGCUCAGACUAUAGUAACAGGGGUCACUGCCGAUGGCCAGCUAAUUAUGACGAGUCAGCCCAUUGAUGGCUCGGAGAGUUUGGCGAAGACAGAUAAUCACCUUUCACAGACACUACAAGUAGAAGACUCGGAUGCAAAUCAUGAGAUAUAUGUGCCAACAUCUUCCUCUCGGCUACACAUUCCAACAAACGAAUCAGGUCUGCUGACACAAGACACUUCAUUGUCAUCAGUGGGUACAGAGCAGGCUGAGUCGAGUUCUGGUCUCCAGGAGGGCUUCCUCCAACAGAACCAACAGCAGAGCAUCCAGGUGUCUUCAGCUCAGUCCAUCAUCCAGCUGCAGCAGGUACCUAUUCAGACCACCAAUGGUCAGAUGGUCCAGUCCAUGGCAACAGGCAGGCAGAACCUGCAGCUGAUCAACCCGGGAACAUUCAUCAUUCAAGCUCAGACGGUCACAGCGUCGGGUCAGAUACAAUGGCAGACCUUUCAGGUGCAGGGAGUGCAGAGCCUACAGAAUCUGCAGCUGCCAACAACCCCAACCCAGCAGAUAACGCUGGCUCCAGUCCAGACGCUAUCACUGGGUUCCAGUCCAGUCGGCAUCAGCGCGGGACAGAUGCCCAACCUGCAGACAGUGACAGUCAACACAAUGACCCAACAUGGAGACGCAGACAAUCUUGGAGACAUUCGGAUAAAAGAAGAGCCAGACUGUGAAGACUGGCAGCUAAGCACCGACUCUACCCUGAACACUAGCGACCUGUCCCACCUUCGCGUCAGGCUGGUGGACGAGGAGGACCAGUUGGGUCAGGAGGGCAAGAGGCUGCGCAGAGUGGCGUGUACUUGCCCCUACUGUAAAGAGUCAGGUGGGAGGGGAUCCAGCACGGGGAAAAAGAAGCAGCACAUCUGCCACAUUGCUGGCUGUGGGAAAGUAUAUGGAAAGACAUCACACCUGCGAGCACACCUGCGCUGGCAUUCAGGGGAGCGACCUUUUGUUUGCAGCUGGAUGUUCUGUGGGAAGAGGUUCACACGCAGCGACGAGCUGCAGAGACACAGGAGGACACACACAGGAGAGAAGAAGUUCGUCUGCCCAGAAUGUUCAAAGCGUUUCAUGCGGAGCGACCACCUGGCGAAGCACGUUAAAACUCAUCAGAACAAAAAAGGCGUGAACUCUGGCAGCGCUCUGGUGGCCUCAAUGGAAUCUGCGGGGUCCUCAGACAGUAUCAUCACCACGGCGGGCGGGACCACCCUCAUCCUCACCAACGUCCAGCAGGGCUCCAGCGACGCCCAGGACAUCCUGGCCAAUGCGGAGAUCCCUCUCCAACUCGUCACCACGGUAGCGGAAGUCAUGGAGUGAUUUACACUCCACUUAUGAACUUCUACAACCUUUCUCAUACUGUGUACUCCUACCUGCAUUUUUAUUUGAGUUUUGAAGAAAAACUAAAAUUAUAAAUAUAUAUACAGUAUCUAUUUUAACACGGAAAUAGUCAGGUCAUGUCUAGCCUUGGUUUUUACUGAGGAAAAACUAGUAGGGGGGGGGACAUUGCAGUAAACACACAAUGAAAUGCCUUAUUUUGUAUAAUAUUCUGUUGUUGGAAAUGUAGGAUGCCAUUUUGUUUUGAACCUACUAUUUUUUGUUUGUGUUUCACAAACAUAUCGGUACAUUUUUUUUCAUGGUAUAUUCUUUUGAUGUCCUUGGUCAGCAACGUUUGUUCCAUCCUUUAAGCAAAGAUUUCGUCUCACAACAGAGCUAAUUUUAAGUUAUGUUAUUGCUUAUGUCCAUGCAAAUGUAUUCAUGUGUGUUUUUUUUUAUAUUAUGCAUUCUUAUUUUAGUCUUCUUGCAAAUUAGCCAGCCAUACUGAAAAGCUUUGCUCACACUUGCAACAUUUUGCAGGUGAAAAUCAAAACAAUCAAUAUUUUGUAUUGUAAUUCCUCUUGAACAUAUACUGUUGAUAUGAUGCACAUUAUUUGCUUAUUAAAUAUUUUGACUGAACAGCUAUUUAUAUUUGGGCUUUACAUAAAAAUCGUAUUUCUGAUAUUAAAAGUCAAAGAUAUUUGGAAUGGCUCCAUUAUAUGUAUUUUAAAUGUUUUUGUUUUUAAACAUCCUUUGUAAUAUCGAGAAGUAAAGCCAUUUUUUGUGGAGGGAAUUGCCAAAUUUGACUCGAAACUCAGGGUGACUUGUGACUGAUAUAAUUAAAGUAAAUCACCCCUGUAGCUUCUCGGGCCGUGGUGGUGGUGUUGUGAAGAAAUGGUGAUGGACCGAGAGCUGAGGUGAAUUAAUCUGUCACCACGUUACCAAUGCUCGUCCAACUCUACCAUCGGUCAGUUGUUUUGAUGAGGGCUGUUCAUGUUAUAGAAACUGCUUGGCCGAGUUCUCAUCACUAUCUUUGCUCCAUCAUGCAAUUGGAUAAAACGCUGUGCAUUCCUGAAAGCGGUACGCUUUAUAUAACAGCACUAUUCUCAUCACUUCAUCUUGUUAAUCAUUUUGUAUAAAUGUGGUUGUAUACUUUCCAAGAAACUGUCCUUUAUAUUCAUUGUCAGUAAAUAUUAAAUGUUUGUCUUUUU